AUGACCCACACGGCCAAGCAGCUCAGGAAGGCUGCUCGCAUUAUCCUAGUUGGAGCGCCAGGCGUCGGAAAGGGAACCCAGUCAGAAAGGCUACUCGCCAAGUUUCCAGAACUGGCUUCUAUAAGCUCAGGCGACCUUCUACGUGAGAAUGUCCGCAAGAAGACACCUUUGGGUCUGAAGGCAGAAGCUGCAAUGCAGUCAGGAAACCUUGUUCCCGAUUCAAUGAUCCUUGAAAUUAUAUCUUCCGAAUUUAGAUCGAAGGGCUGGCUCUCUACGUCAUCUCCGUCCUCUAUAUCCCCCUCCGCUUCGUUUAUCCUAGACGGUUUCCCUCGAACCUCUACCCAGGCGUCAAGUUUGGACGCUCUUGUCCCAGUGAACUUUGUUGUUCACCUUAUCACACCACCUUCAGUAAUCCUCUCCCGGAUAUCAUCUCGCUGGAUACAUGAGCCGUCUGGGCGGGUAUAUAACACCGGUUUUAAUGCACCAAGGGUCCCUGGCAAGGACGAUAUAACUGGCGAACCUCUGACUCAGAGAGAAGAUGAUUCGGUCGACACAUGGACACAGAGACUUCGCAAGUUUGAAGAGACUAGCAAGGCGCUACUUGAUCAUUAUCAAAGCAAGGGCUGUCUAUGGCGCGUUGAAGGCGAUACCAGUGAUGAGAUUAGCCCGAAGCUUUUCGCGGAGAUUGAGCGAAGGUUCUGCUGA